CCGGGGACACCCCCGCCGUGUCCUGGAGACGGGAAGCAGCCGGCGGCCUGCCAUGGAGGGCUCUCCUCGGAGCCCGGAUCCAGAUUAGCGGGCGGCGGCGACGACGACGACGACGACGGUGGCGGAGACCCUCCCAGCGGCCUGAUGGACGAAAGCAAAGUAGCUGGUGGCAAAGUGAAGAAACCAGGUAAACGGGGCCGUAAACCAGCUAAAAUAGAUUUGAAAGCCAAGCUCGAGCGGAGCCGGCAGAGCGCGAGGGAAUGCAGGGCGAGGAAGAAACUGAGGUACCAAUAUCUGGAAGAGCUGGUUUCAAGCCGGGAAAGAGCCAUCUGUGCUCUUAGAGAAGAACUGGAAAUGUACAAGCAGUGGUGCAUGGCAAUGGACCAAGGAAAAAUCCCCUCCGAAAUUAAAGCCCUCCUGAGCGGAGAAGAGCAAAGCAAGCCUCAGCAGAAUGCAGGCAAGAUGGCCAGAGCCGUAAAGAGCGAUGCCAACAGCCACAGUUCCUGGUGAAGGUCAAUCCAAGCAGACUGAAGCCCAUAUUUCAAAACAACAACAACCAAGAUGAUUUUUUUUUAAAAAAAAAGCAGUAAUCUACGGAUUUCGUGUGAAGUUGCCCAUCCUUGGCCAUAUCAACCGUUCAGCAACAUCAACCGUUCAGCUGUCCUGCAGUUGGGAGUUUGAGCUGACUUUCAAAAUGAGCCGGACACCAAGAGGGCCGAAGUAAAAUCUUUUUGACCCAUUUGAUCUAAUUCAACAAUAUCCCUGUUGUCUGCAGGAAUAUCUGCUUGAAGCAGAGAAGGAAAGGCCCAAGAUUACGUCAGCCCCAAGUCUAUUCCAAGAUGUAUUAGAAACUUCAUUUUGUGGGUAGAGGUGGCUGGGAAAAAGCGGGGAGACCUUUUCUAGGGAUUGGGCCACCAAACUCUCCUUUGUUGUGUUAAGGCCUGUAAUUAUGCUUUUGAUUUCGUUUUCAUUAUUUACUGUAUUUAGUGUUUAUUUAAGGAAAAUACUAUAGAGACAGAGAAGUAGUGUUUAUUAUUCAUGGGAUAGCCUGUUUUGCAUUGAACGUAUAUAUAGCAGAGUGUUUUUCAAGCGGGGCCGUUUUAAGAUGCUCGGACUUCAGUUCCCAGAAUUCCCUAACCAGCAUGGCCCUUGAUGAGAAUUCUGCUACUUGAAGUCCGCAGACCUUAAGCGGUCAAGUUUUGAAAAAUAGCGGUAUAGCGCAUGCUGAUAGUAUCUUGCUGUACAUGGCCAAUAUGUCACCGCCUUCUUUUCCUUCUGAUGUUUCUGAACUAGUGGAGUUAAGCCUUGUACUUGUGGAAUUGUGAAAAUCUUUGACUCCCGUGUCACCUCCGUCGUAAGAUUAUGUACAUAAGCGAGGGUGCCCUGCCUGCAGAUACUGGUUUGGAUUGUUAGGAUGUGUGAGGUUGCAACCGUGGGAUUUUUUUGGCUGAGCAACCCCCUCUUUAGUUGCCGCUGCAUGCGCAGAUCAUUGUGUUCAUGGUGUGUCGCAUCGCGGGUGCCUGGUGUGAUGCUGCUGUCGUUGUCUUAGCACGCAACCAACCCUUUGUGGAUUGAGUUGACCGUUUGAAUGAAGUUCAGUGCUAAAUUCAAGACUUCAUUAACUACCCUGUUUCCCCAAAAAUAAGGCCCAACUGGAAAAUAAGCCCUAGCAUGAUUUUUUCCAGGAUGCUCGUAAUAUAAGCUCUACCCCCAAAAUAAGCCCCAGUUAAGUUUGUCAGCCAGAUGGGUGCAUUUAGUACCGUAUUUCCCCCCAAAAUAAGACCUAACCAGAAAAUAAGCCCUAAAGAGUCUUUUGGAGCAAGAAUUAAUAUAAGACCCAGUCUUAUUUUGGGGGGGGAAACACGGUAGGCGAAUGAGUCAUUUGAGCAGCAGCGGAAUAACUCUUCAGCAGCGAAAUGUCGUGGGUUAGUUUAUAUUUUCUAAACUUGCAUGAUUGCGUCUGCGCUUAGACUGCUUAUUCAUAGGAGUUGAUGAGUCAAAAUCAUUCUAAUCUUUUUUGUUUUCCCCCCCCCCUUUCUUCCGCUCAAUGCAGUCGUGGAGGAAGAUAAGGAAGAUACCCCACCUAGCUGGCUAGAGAAAGAAAGAGGGGAAGAGAAGCAGCUUGGCUAUUCCCUUCCCCUUCCCUUCUCUCUCUUGGUUACAGACCACAUUGUCUGCUAUUGACACAAAAGGGUAAGAAGGGCCUGCGAAUUUGUGGAGAAAGGCUAGCAAAUGAAUGUAGCAUCCAGGUUGUUUUGUAUUUUCCGUUCCAUGGGAUCGGUGCGCCUGUAGUAUUGAGUGUUGGGAAGGGACUAAUAUUGGCAACUUACAACCGAACACCCUAAUGUGUAUUUUUGCUGCAGGGGACAAAAUAGUUGAAUUAUUGUGAGACCCAAAGUCUACCCUUUUGUAUUAAAACGGAUGUAACAAAGCCUCUGCCGUCCUUUAUUACCGGGUUACCGACAGAGAGGGCAGGGUUGAAACAUCAUGUCAGAAACACCCAAACCCAGCAGCGCAGAAAACAACAACAAUGAACGAACAUACUUUGUUUAUAUGUAUUAAAACAAAACUGUUUUAAUGAAAGCUUCUUUUUCUGUAUGGAAGAUUGUGAUUUUUUUUCAGUCGUUUUAUGGCACGUGAGUAAAAUGUGCAACCUUCUUCACACUGUGACGCCAAGCUGCUAUCCAGCUGCUAAAAGGAAUAAACAAUAAAUUGCAGUAUUUGUAAAACCUCAAAAGAA